AUGAUCCCGCCCCCGGAAGGGGGGCGCUUUUGGGGCCUUGAGGCUCGCCGCGUCGGCUCCCACCUCCAGCCUCCCCCCCUGGGGCCUUUUUCGACUUCAUACCUACGUCGUCCCAUCGAAACAAGGCGCGCGUCCGCGAAACCGUUAAGAUUUGGUUCCCUCCUCUGCGUCCUUCGCGCGUUGCCAAGAAGCGGGAGAGCGGGCGCUGAGUAG